AAUAAUUUUAGAAUGAGAUGAGAUAGUGAUUGAACAAUCUGGACAAAUGUUAUACCUUAUCACUCUUCUUUUAGCAGCAGGUGCAGUGUGGACAUGGGACUGUGAGUAUGAACUUGGGAAGGUCUACCAGUACCACUAUACUAGUGAACUCAUCAACACAGUUCCUGACAAACAAUCUGCUCCAUCAACUAACCAUGGUAUUAUACUCAGUGGAGUAGUAACUCUAAUUCCUCUUGCUAUGCAGACUGACAUGUUCUACAUUGAGGUAUACAUAGAGUCAAUACAACAGCAGAAUAUAGACACACUUUACAGCCAUGUGCUGGACCACUCCAAGUUUGCGGCUCUCUUCCUGGUUUCUUCUGACACUUUCAGAAUACCCAGAGAUCAAACUGGAUACGAGUCUAACGUGUUACGAGCAGUUAUCAGUGCUCUGAAGAUAAAAAGUUGUCAACAAACCGGUGUCUACACUGCCGACGAGGUGACAGUAGCUGGACGACACACCUCCACUUAUGAGAGUAACAGAGUAGACACUCUCAUGUUUGAUGGUCACAUUCUCUACCCAAGUGAAGAUUCAAUAGAUGAUUGGUAUGCUGAGUCUACUAACAAUAUUGAUGUGAUAAGACGUGUGGAGAAUAUCAACAUUGCUGAGUUUACUGGUUCUACCACACACCAACACAAGCAGUACCUCGGCGACAUGAUGACAAAGGGAACGACUGUCGAGUACAGUUAUCUUAUCGGGUCCCUGAACAUUGUACAGAAUUGUGUGUUUUACGAGAAGUACAGUCCCAAACACAUGACAGGUUACGCUACCACCACUGAAGUGUCAAUAAGGACAUCGCUAAAUCUGGUGGCCUCAACAAUCGAUCCUGACAGUACUUAUCAGUUUUCAAACAGGGAACUAAUCGAACUCAAACUUCAUGGAAAAGAUUUGAAACAAGUCAGCUUGGUGAUGGAAUUUAUUGAGCCAGAUCUCCGCCCGUCUCUUAAUUUUGAAGAGUCAGGGGAAACUCUCAGAGAGUUAAUACUUAACGGGUACGACAGUACUUCAACAGAGAUCCUAAAAACGUGGCUUUAUUUUAUUCGUAAUAUUUAUGUUGGGGUUGGAUCAGACGAAGGAAGACAAGAAUUUGCUCGAGUGAGGGACGUGAAGUUACUCCCAUGGUUUAUCGACGCAGCAAACGUAAACGGAACAGCUCAACUCCACUUACUGGCUCACAACUCAAUUAAAUCACUGAGAGCCCUGAAACUUACCGAACGGUUUAUCGGUUCCAAACAGUUCACCACCGAGCCCCCUACCAGGAUGCUGAAGUGGUUAUUGAAAACAUGCGAGAUUGAUAGGUAUGAAAAGUCGUGUGCCCUGGCUGUCGCGUCAUCAGCUACCAGCACCUAUCUUGCUCAGAACGGCAGAAGUAACAUUGUUACCGAUAUAUUUGAGUUCCUGACGACACACAUAACGAACAGUGUCGAGUUAGAGGAGAAGGUAUUCUAUGUAACGACUCUCGGAAACAUGAAACUACCUGAGGCUACCAGAUACUUACUGGACUUGGCACUUGAUGAUAAGACACCAGAAGUGAGAAAAGCAGCUGUAGAGACUCUACAUUUCCACAGUCCCAGCGAAGUUACUUUCGAGGACAGAUUAGGACUCCUGGACAAAGCCCUGGAAGAAGAUAACUACGGAGCUCCAGCCCUUCAUUACGUGCUCUCCUCCUCCCCUCACCACACUCUCCACCAACUCAUACAGUACACAUCAUCUCGUAUCUGCAGCGAACAAACCCACCAUCUCUCUAGAUUCUUCCUGAAAACUCUCGGCUCACUCAGCGACUCUAGGACUGAUUCCGUCAGGGCCAACAUUGUACGAGAUGAGUUGAUUAGACUAAGAUCUGACACAACAUGUAGACUCUGCGCUGACUUGUCCGCUGAAUCAGAGUAUGAUAGCAUCGCACGUGACUAUAUAUUUGGAAGCGCCAUCUCGGGAGCAGAAUUAGAGUUUGAGAGGUUUGGUGGAAAUGGUAUCAGUGGUGGUUCUACUAAAUUGUCUCUAAAGUUUCUAGAGGCUUUUGGUCUUAAUACCGACAUUGUGCAGACAUCUUUGGACCUACCGACAGUUGAAAACUUCUUAAACGAUCUGGAGCAAGGUCAACUCAACAUUGCAGUGAACGGACAACGGAUAAAAUCUACUCCCUUUAAGAUUGGAGAUAUAGAAGAGGUAGACACGAAUAUUCUGUUAUCUGAUAUCACUGUUCUUAUCCCCACUCUGUCUGGUCUUCCUUUAUCUUACUCAGUCGGAGGAAGUUUAAGAACGACGAGUGCUGUGAGAUCUGAUCAGUUCCCUAAAAUAACAUUAGAUAAUGAUGUGGGCAUUUACCUAGAGACAGGUUUCAAGUUAUCCGGAGCUGGACUCGGCUGGGCCACUAAAACAGAGUUCCAUACUGAGUACCAGGACGUACUUGAGUUCAAGGAUGACAUAUCCAAUAAACACACAAUCGUUGAAAAUCUAUCUUUUAAAACUGAUUCCACCCUACCCAGUGAGUGGUCCUCAGUAGCUGACAUUGCCCACUUCUUCAAACCCAUGGUCUUUCUUAACUCGAGUUUCCUUACUACCCCUGAUCUGGAGUCAACUAGUGAUGCGCCCUUGUGUGAGACGAUAGAAGAGGAGAUGUUAAGUGUAACAUUCGAGAAUAACAAAAUCCACUCAUUUGACCCCAAGAGUUUCCUGGGAAGGUGGAUUAUUGAAGAAAAUUUCUCCAAUAUUGACCAAAACCAUGUCUACGAGCUAUCUCAGUUUGAUUGUCGCAAAAAACGACCGUUUGAGGGUCUAGUUAUUACAGAUGAGGAACACAGCACUUAUACAGUCCAAGUCCAGUCGCUUCACGGAGUGUUGUCUGUGGGAAACCACGAGAGAGUAGAGUCAUUAGGAGACUCAACUCAAAGGAACCUCCGUCUCACUGGGUCACGUGACGACCUCAUGUUAGUUCUCGAGAACCUGACUUACUUCACGCCGUCUGAUUAUUCCGGACCAGAGCUGAUAACUUUAUCUGUGGAGCAAGACGGGGUUCCUGUUACCGUCAGUCUUAUCCUCUACGUUACUGGCACUUGCUUGUAGAAACUUGCUUGUUGGCUCUUGCUUGUAGAUACUUGCUAGUAGGCUCUUGCUGGUAGGAUAUUUCUUGAAGACACUUGCUUGCAGAAAGCUGGGCGUGCUUGAAACUAUCCUUUAAACAAAACUUGUUUGUACUGUCUAGUGCGUGGGAAUAGCUUAUUUAAAAAUUGUUUAAUUUAUGAUCUGGAAAUCGCCUGUAAUUAAAUUCUGUAAUUUGAUAUUUUCAUAAACCCACUCUGGCACUUUCCUACAAUUACCAUAAUUCGGGAAUCACGAGAUUGAGAUUUGCACUUUUUAUAUCAAAUAUUUGAGCAACAUUUAAAAUCACCCAACAUAGAAUAAUGCAUUGACAUGGUGAUGGACAAUCUGAAUUUAUUUUUAAAUUUGAUACUUUUUAACAAUAAUUUAUACCAACUCUUACGUUUUCUAGCGAUUACAUACUGAUUAUACAAGCGAUCUCUUAAACUUAAAAGUUAAAUUCAAUCAAGGUACAAAUUGUAUGACCCGGGUUCUGGGUUUUAUUAUGAAAAUUAUAUCCGAUAAAACAGUGAUAACGAGCGUUACUUAAUGGAAAUGCUAUUGGUAUGAGCAUGUAGAUUUACUUUGAAGUUUCUUUUGGAUUUCCGAUUUUGUAAAUUUUUAUCAUGAGUCUUUGUUCAAUGUACAGAUCAUAAACUAAAAUCAUUGUUUGCCAUGAUCAUAUGUAUUAAUAAUAUACAUAAUAACAUAUUACAAUAAUACUAUUAUGUAUUCACCUUUUA